AUGGUUAACAUUCCACCAGUAACCAGUUUCAUCAAAGGGCAAAGAAUACAGUGGCUUGGACACAUCAUGAAAAGGGGGGAAUGCGAUACUACUAAACUAGUACUAGAAUGGAAACCACAAGGAAGAGACCCCGGGGAAGACCCAGGAAAAGAUGGAUCGAUGUUGUCAAAGAAAAUCUAA